AUGGACUACCCACAUCCCUACUCUCAAGCUGCAAAGCUUGACGAGAGAAUCAAGAUACCUCGUCCCUGCUAUGAUCCUGUCCUGGCACCAAUGCUCGACUAUGCCUCACUGCCAGAGGAAUUCAGUCUAGAUCUUAUGCGCGGUGUCGCUUCAGGCGAUCAAGAAUGUCCUCAUGGCUCUCACACCUUCAAUGCUGAGACCAUUCUCAAGGACCAGCCUCACCUGAUCCAUGCUGAGCAUUCUGUCAAGGGACCUGACAAUAACGAAGUCAUUCUUUCGGUCUUUACUCCUAAAACACCAGGAACAGCACCCCGUCCAGUAUUGUAUCAUAUACAUGGCGGAGGAAUGGUCUCGGGCGACAGAUUCACAGCCUUAACCCAGAUCAUUGACCUUCUGGCUGGCAUAGACUGUGUUGUUGUCUCUGUCGAGCAUCGUCUUGCUCCCGAGACUCGGGCACCUGGACCUGCCGAAGACUGCUACGCUGGUCUUGUGUGGGUUUCAGAGCAUGCUGAGACCCUCGGAAUUGACCCGACUGCCAUUGUCAUAUUCGGUGUCUCUGGUGGCGGCGCUCUAGCAGCUGCCACAUGCCUCAUGGCACGGGAUAGGAAGUGCCCUGCAAUUCCUAUCAAAGCUCAAAUGCUAUACUCCCCUCUGCUGGAUGAUCGCUGCGAGAGUCUGGCAGACCAGCAGUUCGAGUUCGGGAACCCAGCUCCUACAACAUGGCUUCGAGCUAUCUGGGACCACAUUCUUGGAGAUGAUAGAGGAUCAGACAAGGUCACUCCUUAUCAAGCACCAGCCAGAGAGACUGAUCUCUCGAACCUACCCCAGGCCUACAUCGACGCUGGAGAGUGCGAAGUGUUUCGCGAUGUUGCUGUUGCCUAUGCUACUAGUAUGUGGAAAGCUGGAUCGACAGCCGAACUCCAUAUCUGGCCAGGAGCUUUUCAUGGAUUUGAUAUGAUGGAUGAUCCAGAAAUCCCGCUGAUUGGUAUCGCAAACAGAGCGAAGGCCAAUUGGUUCAAGAGGGUCUUGUCUACUGAAACCAAGCCAAAAUCUAUUCCAGACAUGCAUGAAUAA